AUGCAAUGUAUGGCCAGUGUUAAUUCAACAGUCCAUCACAUUCACCAACUGGUACCAACCUCUGAACUUCCUCCUUCACGAAAAUACAUAGGUUCAUCAAGAUCAAAGCGAGGACUGUUUGACUUUGUUGGUAAAAUUUCGAAGUCACUAUUUGGAACAGCCACUUCAGGUGAUAUCGCUACUCUACAACGCCACAUGCAAACACUAAACAACAACAACAUCAAGCUUGCCAAAGCCAUGGCCCAACAAGACCACCACCUCUCGUCAUUCAUCGAAGCCGUGGACAAAAGAUUCAACAAUGUCGUUGCUGCUGUUAGACAAAAUCACCAAGAUGCUGUGUCACUUUCAGUGUUAGCACACAACUCAAUGGAUGCUUUAGACCAUGAAUUUCUCAUCCUAAGUGAACUCAUCAUUAAGCAGACCAACGUUUCGGCUCAAUUAGAAAAGGAAUUAGAACAUAUUAAACUAGGACUUCACGAUUUGGUGAAAGGCAAGCUAUCCCCAUUCCUCCUGACACCACAUAUUCUGAAAUCAUCCAUCGAUCAAGUCCAAAGCAUCAUUUCGGCCAAAUUCCCAAAAUUCCAUAUUUCCAAUAAGGAUCCUCUCUUUUAUUAUUCCAUGGGAGAAUUUUUGUGCACUAGAUUACACACAGAACUAUACUUGACCUUAAAAAUACCAAUCUCCCCAUUUCAACAGCCAAUGUCAAUGUAUAAAGUCUACACAUUUCCAGUUCCUGUUAACUCUAGCUCCAACCAUGCCACUCAGCUCAUCGAUCUGCCACCAUACUUUCUACACACAGCUGACAACCAACACCAUGCCACAAUCACCUCUCAGCAGUUAACACUGUGUGAAGGAACCUCAACCCGUUACUGCAACUUCAAUAUUGCAAUGAAAGCAACAGCCUCUCCAAGUUGCUUAUCUGGAGUCUUCUUUAAUCAAAAGAAAACCGUGAAUGAUCUAUGCGAUUUUCGGUUCCUAACAAGCAUGCUACCCCCAGCUAUGUACGAGCUUUCACCAUCCAACCUGCUGUUAUACAGAACGCCAAUGCUAGCACUGGAUUGCGCAAAUGGACAACACAUCUUGAAAGGAUGUUCCUUCUGUGUCAUCAAAUUACCAUGUCAAUGUUCCAUAACAGCUGACGACCUCUAUCUACCUCCCCGAUUAGGAAAAUGCAACAAUCAAACUGACAAAGUUACAAUUCUCCACCCAGUCAACUUAGCCCUACUCCAACAAUUUUUCCAUGCAGACUCCCAUUCAACCAUAUUCGGCGACACCAUCUUCGAAGAAUUCAUUCACAUAAAGUUACCAAAUUUCCACAUCUUUAAUCAUUCAUUCUCCAAAUUUUUGGCUAAUGAUCAAAAACAGCACCUAAGCUUGAAGCGCAUCGCCAAGGCCGUUCGACACGAUGGACAAGUGUUUACAAAUUUAGCAGAAUCCAUGAUCGCGGGACAAGUCAAUUUUGCAGUGGACAAUUGGCCAGACACAAGUGGUAUCCUGGCCAUCGUUUCCACAUCUGUUGGAUUCUUUGGACUCAUCUUUAGCAUCUGGUCAUGCUACAAAAUCCGAACCGUCCUGCUUCCUGUGUUGUUGCUCCAUCAAGUGAAACCAUCAGCUGCCGCAACCAUUAAACCAACUUUAUCCUUCAUCUAUAAUCAGGCUGAAGAUGACACAACCGCGACCAGUGUUAAUGAACACUUUUAUGCCACUUUUUCCACUCCUUGGCCUUAUGUUUCCCUUUCUGUGCUAACAACAAUCCUUGUUAUUGCAUGCAUUACUCACCUAUGGCAAAAAUUUCAACGUUCACACAAAACUUCACUUCAUUUAGAACUAACAACUGGACCUACUUGUGAACUUUUCACUUUACUAACCCUUCCACUUUGCCCUCACAAUUGGAACAUUCAGACUCCUGAAGACAUUUCAUCAGUUCAUGUUACCACCUCAUAUUACAUUCUACAUUACCUGCACAUUCAAUGCACUGAUUUUACCAUCACUAACAAGCACACCAACCGCUCCAUUGAUGUUCCAACUACCAUCUUGAUCUCACCAUUCACUGCUAGAAAAAUUCAUAACAUCCUUCAGCAUCCAUAUACAGCAUAUUUCCUGUUGUCGCACCACCAAUAUUUCCAAAUUUUGUAACAGCCAUCUAAUCUUCCUUGCAACAUCUUGGCAUGACUUACUUGUGUAGAUAAGUGUGUGAGUAAUAGCGAAUUUUUUUUUCAGUGUUUGAAUUUUUGUGUUCAAUGUACCUAUGUUUUGGGUAUGUGCAUUCUUAUUUUUGUUGCACUAUUGUAUUAACUUCUGUUGUACAUAUUACUUCAUUUUUUUUCCAAAAUGUUUUUUUUCUCAUUACCUGAACAUUGUAUGCUUCAUUUUUAUCUUUGAGGACAAAGAUUUUUCUGACCAAGAGGGAAUUAUCAUGGUGUCAUUUUGACCCUCAAAUAUAUUUUUCUAUUUUUGACCAUUUCCUUAUAAUUUAUUAUAAGUUCCACAUAAUUUAUUAUAUUUUUAAUUUUGAAAACUUAUAUUUUAUAUUUAUUGACUUUAAUCAAUUUUACAUAAGAUUUACUUAGAUAAAUAACUUGAGGCCAUCUGUCGAUAAUUCACACGCACAGUUGUUAAAUCAAUUAGUGCCAUCCGAGCUAAUUAAAUAUAUGCUUUUAGAUUUAUCCUUCGAAGACAUCCGCUGUUUUUAUAAUUACGUAAUACGCAUUGUAUCGCAAAACCAUCGUGUCAAUCCGCCUCUUUGAUGUAAGCAAUGAGUGAAUUUUUCUUUACGAUUCUUUGUAUCAAUUAAUGGCAAGAACAACUCAAUGCCAGGACAGGGGACGCUACAGGGUUUUGUCCGAUCACUUUUGCGACGGACUCCAAAUAAUAAAGAAGUGAAUUUUAUAUUGUCUCCUGUCCUGUAUUUCAGGUAAUGUAGAAUAUUUGUAUUUGAAUUAUUUUUACUUUGUACUUAACAUGUUUAACUUUGCACUUUAGAAGAAGUGUUCAUCACUUCAUGAUGAAAAGCUUUUAAACAAUUAUCUGUUUUGACAAAUAAUUUUAAGAAUGUUAUCUUUUGAUUUUCACAAUUUCAUUCAGAAAGACAAAUUAAGUUUUAAUUUUUGUAACAACUCACAUAAUGGUAUUUCCUAUUUUUAAAUCAAUUUUACAAACCACAAGUUGUAACUUAAUUUUUAAAGUUAAGACUUUUUCGGAUAUUGCAUAUCUGUCUUUUACGGGUUUCUAAUUUAGCCUUGUAAACAAAGCGUGUUGUGUAAACGCGCAGUACAUUGUGCUGCUUUUCAUAUUUAAUACUUAACGAAAACAAAUAUGCAGAAAGUAAUCAUGUUGAAUAUUAUUAGUUAUCACCAGAGCCCCAAU